GCCCAAUACUAAAAAGGUUAAAAUGGGAAAGACAAGAAUGCUUCACAUGCCAAUCCUUUUGGUUCUUACUCUCUUUGCUUUAUCAACUGCCUCUGAUUCUCUCUACAACACUUUCCUCCAGUGCUUAGAUAAUCACACCAACCCCAGUGACCGAGUUUCCAACUCAGUCUACUCUCAAUCAAACACUUCCUAUGACUCUGUUCUCCAGAACUACAUCCGAAAUGCCCUGUACAACACAUCCUCCACCAACAAACCCCUUCUCAUUGUCACGGCCACGCACGAGUCGCAUGUCCAAGCCACCGUGGUCUGCACCAAACAGAUUGGCCUCCAACUCAAAACCCGAAGCGGUGGUCAUGACUACGCCGGAAGAUCCUACGUCUCCGACGAAAAGUUUGUCAUUCUCGACAUGUUUCAACUCCAAUCGAUCUCCGUCAACAUCGCCGACCAGACGGUCUGGGUUCAGGCUGGAGCAACACUCGGUGAACUCUACUACAGAAUCUGGGAGAAGAGCAGAGUCCUCGGUUUCCCAGCAGGGAUAUGCCCCACAGUCGCCGCCGGAGGCCACAUAACCGGCGGAGGGUACGGGAACAUGUUAAGGAAGUAUGGUUUGGCCGUUGAUUACAUCCUUGACGCUCAAAUAGUAAACGUUAAGGGAGAAAUUCUUGAUAGAAAUUCAAUGGGGGAAGACUUGUUCUGGGCCAUUCGAGGAGGUGGAGCCGGGAGUUUUGGUGUUGUUUUGUCGUACAAGUUGAGAUUAGUUCCAGUUCCUGAAACCGUCACACUUUUUAGAGUGGAGAAAAUAUUGGACCAAGGCCAGAACGCGACUGAUGUCGUUUCUCAGUGGCAACAAGUGGCGCCUACGACAAACGACAAUCUUUUUAUGAGGAUGUUGGUACAGCCAAUCAGUUCGAAAGUGAAGAAAGGUACGAAAACUAUUAGAAUUUCGAUAUUAGCUGAGUAUCUUGGAAAUGCAAACGAAUUGGUGUCGUUAUUAGUGAAGGAGUUUCCUCUGUUGGGUUUAAAGAAGGAGAAUUGUAUGGAAAUGAGUUGGAUAGACUCUGUUCUUUGGUGGGGUUUGGAUAAUGCGACCUCACCAAAUGUUCUCCUUGAUCGAAAUCUUAACAGCGCAAUUUUUGGCAUACGAAAAUCGGAUUAUGUUCAGACUCCGAUUUCGAAAGAUGGGCUGGAAUGGAUAUGGAAGAAGAUGAUCGAGUUAGGUAAAACCGGGUUCGUUUUCAACCCUUAUGGUGGGAAAAUGAACGAAAUCUCACCUUCUGAGACUCCUUUCCCACAUCGAGCUGGGAAUUUGUUUAAGAUUCAAUACUCAGUGAAUUGGGACGACCCUAAUGUAGAGUUACAGAAGAAUUACACUACUGAGAUCAGGAGGCUUUUCAGUUACAUGACUCCAUUUGUGUCCAAAAAUCCCAGAAGUGCUUUCUUGAAUUACAGAGAUUUAGAUAUUGGUGUUAAUAACUUUGCUAAAGACAGCUAUGAACAGGGAAAAGUUUAUGGGGUCAAGUACUUCGGUGGGAAUUUUGAUAGGUUGGUGAAGGUCAAGACUGACAUUGAUCCAGAAAAUUUCUUCAGGAGUGAACAAAGUAUCCCAACUUUUCCAAGUAAGGGCUAGGAAAUUUAUUUUAAGAGUCACAGAACUCUUUUUAUUGCCGUUACACAGUUAAAAUCAAAAAGUACUAUUUGGAUUUUAGUUAAUGGAAUAAUGAAAUAUAUAUUCUUUUUUAGUCUUUCUAAAUGAUUUACUUCCUUUGUCAAUGUUAUAGAGUUGUAAUAGAGAUGGGACAUGUAUGCAAAAUUAGUAAUAAUCGUUCUUCAA